CUAAACCGGGAGGAAAGAGAGACACGGAGGAGCGGAGGGACUUGAAAAAGAAACGAACGUGAGGGGGAUUCGACAUUUUUAUUAUGAAAUUUAAACAAACUUUUCCCGGACGAUGACAACGAUGGGUUAGAAAGGAUUGAACACGAUGAUGGCCAAAUAAAAGCAUUAGUGUGUAAAGAUGUCCGCUCCAGCCGGGCCCUGCAGCGGGCCUGUCCUGCCGGAGAUGCCGGACCUGAGCCACCUCACCGAGGAGGAGAGGAAGAUCAUCCUCGAUGUCAUGGACAGGCAGAAGAAAGAGGAGGAGAAGGAGCAGUCCAUGUUGAAGAAAUUGCAUCAGCAAUUUGAGAUGUACAAGGAGCAAGUAAAGAAAAUGGGGGAGGAAACACAGACCACCCCUGAACAGAAAGGUGAAGCGCCGACCUGUGGAAUCUGCCAUAAAACCAAGUUUGCCGACGGCUGUGGCCACCUCUGUUCUUAUUGCCAAACCAAGUUCUGUGCACGCUGUGGCGGGCGAGUUUCCCUGCGCUCAAACAAGGAGGAUAACGUGGUUAUGUGGGUGUGCAACCUGUGCCGAAAACAACAAGAAAUCCUCACCAAGUCCGGAGCCUGGUUCUACAGCGGCCCGGGGGGCACCCUGCCCUCAGGUGUGAGUGACCCUCGCCGCCGCCACGAAGAAGCUCCGCAGGAGAAGAAGGCCAAACUGCAGGAAGCCCCGCUUCUAUACCAGGGGCUGCCAGGGGACCGCAGCCGAGCUCCAGGACUCCCGCGACAGGCGUCUCUCAACAACGACGCUGAUCUAAAACCCAACGACCCUCUGAGCAACAGGAAAAGAAGCCCUUCAGCAACCAGGUAUCCAAACCAAAAAUACGACCAAAGGGAGGAGAAGGCGGAGCGUUCGCAGUAUGCGCCAGCAGCAGGUGGCAUGCCACGAUCACCGUCUGACUACGGGGCUGGAGAGCGCCAAUGGCAAGGAGGCUACGCAGAGGUAGCACGGGGUGCGUACCGUGCUCGACGGGGUGGCUGGCACUCUCAGGAAGAGUACCCGCCCGAACCGGGCUUCCUGCCUGAUGGCCCGCCCCUCAGCGAGCAUGAGCUUCAGCGGCAAAGGCAGGAGGAGUAUCAGAACCGUUACCGCAGCGAUCCGAACCUUGCCCGCUACCCGGUCAAGCCCCAACCGUAUGAGGAGCAGAUGCGCAUGCAUGCGGAAGUGUCACGCUUCAGGCACGAGCGCCGCCACAGCGAUGUCUCCCUGGCUUAUACAGAGAUGGAGGAGCCGCUGGGGCCCCUGCGUGGCCCUCACUAUUUGCCGGGCCCUGAACGCACCCAACGGAGGUCCAACCACAGUCCUCCAGGCGUCGACUCCCUCUACAGGCAACAGCACCUAGAUCCCAUCUCAGCUAUGCGGAAAAGUAAAAGAGAAAAGAUGGAGAGCAUGUUACGGAAUGACUCACUCAGUUCCGACCAAUCAGAGUCAGUCAGACCGCCGCCGCCCAAACCUCACAAGACCAAGAGGGGCGGCAAAAUGAGGCAGGUAUCCCUGAGCAGCUCUGAGGAGGAACUGGCCACCACACCUGAGUACACCAGCUGUGAGGACGUGGAGAUCGAGAGUGAGUCCGUUAGUGAGAAAGGGGACAGUCAAAGGGGAAAAAGACAAACUUUUGAGCAGUCACACACCUUAUCUGAGGGCCAAAAGAAAAUGGUGCGCUUUGGGGGCCACUCUUUGGAAGAAGAUGCUGAGUGGUGUGAACCCCAGGUUAAAGACUCGGGGGUUGAUACGUGCAGUAGCACGACCCUAAAUGAGGAGCAUAGCCAUAGUGAGAAGCACCCAGUCAUGUGGCAACCCUCCAAAGAUGGAGAUCGACUCAUCGGCAGGAUUCUGCUCAACAAGCGCAUGAAGGACGGCAGCGUUCCCCGAGACACUGGUGCUCUUCUGGGACUAAAAGUGGUUGGAGGGAAAAUGACUAAAUCCGGCCGACUUUGUGCGUUUAUCACCAAAGUGAGGAAAGGAAGUUUAGCGGAUACAGUUGGACAUCUCAGACCAGGUGAUCAGGUCCUAGAGUGGAAUGGCCGACAGUUACAAGGAGCUACAUUUAAAGAAGUUUACAAUAUCAUUUUAGAAUCAAAGCCAGAGCCUCAGAUUGAGCUAGUGGUCUCUCGACCCAUUGGAGAUAUUCCGAGGAUACCAGAAAGCACACACACACAACUGGAGUCCAGUUCGAGUUCUUUCGAGUCACAGAAGAUGGAGCGGCCCUCCAUAUCCAUCACGUCUCCCAUGAGCCCUGGUGUGCUUCGGGACGCCCCUCAGUACUUAUCGGGACAGCUUACAAGCCAAAGCCUUAGUAGAAGAAUUGAGCCUUUUAACCCUAAAGUUCAGGCCAAACUCUGGUAUGACAAAGUCGGCCAUCAGCUCAUCGUCACUAUUCUGGGUGCAAAGGACCUUCUCUCAAGGGAGGACGGCCGACCGCGGAAUCCUUACGUGAAAAUCUACUUCCUCCCUGAUAGAAGUUUGAAUCAUUGUUUCUCCAGUGACAAAAGCAAAAGAAGAACAAAAACGGUAAAGAAAUCACUAGAGCCCAAAUGGAACCAGACAUUUAUGUACUCUCCCGUCCACCGGCGAGAGUUCAGGGAACGCAUGCUGGAAAUCACGCUGUGGGAUCAGGCCCGGGUGCGAGAGGAGGAGAGUGAGUUCUUGGGAGAGAUCCUCAUCGAGCUGGAAACCGCACUGCUGGACGACGAGCCGCAUUGGUACAAACUGCAAACCCAUGAUGUCUCAUCGGUGCCCUUGCCCAAGAGCUCCCCCUGCCUUCAGAGACGUACACUGCAUGGAGAAAGCCCCACACGCAGACUUCAGAGGUCCCAGAGAAUCAGCGACAGCGAGUUCUCUGACUAUGACUGUGAGGAUGGCUUUGGCGUUGUGUCAGACCAUAGAAAUGGUAGGGACCUCCAGAGCUCCACCCUUUCUGUGCCUGAGCAGGUCUUAUCGUCCAAUCAUUGCUCUCGGUCAGCAGACAUCAACCGGGCACGGUCUCGAUCGCCUAGCAUGCCACCUUCUCAGAGUCAUUUUCUCACCUUACCUCGAACUCGACACAGUCAGCCUCAUGACAGUCAGCUGAUGGAGCUCAGGAAUUACGGCGCACCAGACAGACACGAGUAUCACCACAGGUCCCGUUCGGCAGAUCAGCGCGCAGCAAUGGAGCGUCCCAUGUACAGUCGUUCUCGCUCUACAGAGCGGCCACCCGACGGGCCCAACAUGAGAUCAUCGAUGCCCUCUUUGCCGUGUGGACACUCCGCGCCAUCCUCCCCUGCCUUAUCGAGGCCACAUCCCCAUGGUGGAUCAGCCCAGACCAGCCCCACCGGGACCCCUGUGAACGGCAGGAGAGGACGACAGCUACCACAACUGCCUCCAAAAGGGACAAUUGAAAGAAAAGACGGAGAUGAAGAACUUGAGCCAUGUCCAGGUGCUAUGGAUGUCGAGGAACGAACGCGGCAGAUGAAACUGAAGUUGAACAAGUGUAAAACGGGAACUGGCUCUGACUCCAGACUGGAACAGGACUAUCACUCCAAGCGUUCCGGCAGGGAUCCUCAGCGGGGAGAAAACCUCUCGGCCAAAUCUUCGGACAGUGAUGUCAGUGACAUGUCCGCUGUGUCGAGAACUAGUAGUGCAUCUCGAUUCAGCAGCAUGAGCUACAUCUCUGUCCAAUCAGAACGGCCACGAGGCAGUCACAAGAUCAGUGAAUUUACAUCCAAAAUGAAAAACAGGCAAAUGGGGACGGAGGCCGGUGGCAAUAUGACCAAGAGCACCAGCAUUGGCGGGGACAUGUGCAGUCUAGAGAAGACAGAUGGGAGCCAAUCAGACACGGCCGUGAGUCUAGUGGGAACUGUUGACAAAAAACGCCGUUCCAGCAUCGGAGCAAAGAUGGCGGCAGCCGUGGGGUUGAGUCGAAAGAGUCGCAGCGCCUCCCAGCUCAGCCAGACAGAAGCUGGAGGAAAGAAGUUGCGCAGCACGGUUCAGAGGAGCACAGAAACAGGUCUGGCUGUAGAAAUGCGUAGCCGAAUGACGCGGCAGGCCAGCCGUGAAUCAAACGACGGCAGCAUGAAUAGCUACAGCUCAGAGGGGAACCUCAUCUUCCCUGGUGUACGACUCUCUUCUGAGAGUCAGUUCAGCGAUUUCCUGGAUGGACUUGGCCCCGCCCAGCUUGUUGGAAGACAGACGUUAGCCACACCCCCAAUGGGUGACAUUCAGAUCGGGAUGGUGGAGAAGAAAGGAGCACUGGAGGUGGAGGUCAUCAGAGCCAGAGGCCUUGUGGGAAAACCCGGUUCUAAGGCACUGCCAGCCCCCUACGUGAAGGUGUAUCUACUGGACAAUGGUGCCUGCAUAGCCAAAAAGAAAACAAAAGUAGCACGAAAAACACUGGACCCAUUGUACCAGCAGCAGCUGUCAUUUGAAGAGAGCCCAGGAGGAAAGGUUUUACAGAUCAUUGUGUGGGGAGACUAUGGACGUAUGGACCACAAAUCCUUCAUGGGAGCCGCUCAGAUACUUUUAGAUGAUCUGGACUUGUCCAAUAUGGUGAUUGGCUGGUUUAAGCUGUUCCCUCCCUCUUCAUUGGUCGAUGCAUCCCUGGCCCCCUUGACUAGAAGAACUUCCCAGACGUCCCUUGACAGCGGUUCGGGGCCAUUCGGUCGUUCGUAGCAGUUUCCUGAAAUAUAGCGUUAUUGUAGCAACCAUUGGGAGGAGUUUGAGAUUUGCAACAGGUCCCAUCUCCCCGAUAACACUGCAUGCUUGAUGUUGUGUGUUCAGAGCUUGUUUCUUAGGGGUGAAAAAAGGAGUCCUGUUUUUGCUCGUAAAAAAUGUUGCACACAUUGUGCGCAAAGAGCACCCCCUAAGGGUAGGGGCAAGACGGGUGAAGGAAGCUGGAAAUGGGCUCCGUAGCUUGAGGAAAUUCACAAUUCCUGCUUUUUGAACCUAUUUGAAGCCAUUGGAGGAAGAGUUUGAACUGAGAACCAGUCGAGUUGCUAAGAAGCCCUUUUUGAAGUGGGGAAACAUUCUCUUUGACUUUUUGUUUUCCAUUGAAUUCACAUUUAUUUUAAAUGUUGAUGUACUGUUUUUGUAUCUACAUGGGCUAACAGUGUUCCUUACCAUAUCCUGGGUCAAGCCAUGCCAACAGACUCAGAAUUGUACACAUUAAACCUAAAAUAUAACAUGGGAAAUAAGUGAACGGCUCUAAUAAUCUAGCACCACACUCCCCAGAAUAUGAUUCUGCUAGAUCAAUGCACUGUAGUUUUAAAUCAUCUUGAUGAACUUUUAAGAUCAAAUUGAUAUACUUCCCUUGAUACUGAAUGAAACAAACAUUUUAUUUUAUUUUUUAUUUUAUUUUUUCGCAUGGACAACUUUAGCUGACUAAAAGAGGAAAUAAAUAAAAAAUAUUUUCUUGAGACUGCAAAAAAAAAAAAAGAAGAAGAAAAAAGACUAUACAAGAUAAAGAAAAUCUUAAUCAGCCAUUUUAAUUAUAAUUUUAUUUUAUUAAUUACACGUGCAUGAUUUUCAUGGGGACAGUGUGAUUUGAAAAACAAAUCUUGUUUUUUUUGGUAUCCUGCAGACCAUUCAUUGGUCUCUUUACUGUAUUUUUUACAGACAUGCAGAUAAAUGAAGAACUUAGUUUAUUUACAGUGAAAAAUGAUUAAAAAUAUAUAUAAAUGUCUAUGGUUUAUUAUUGUAAAGGAGUAAGCCUUAUGAAGCUAAAGAUUAUGUGCAAAUUGUACAUGUUUUUCGACUUCUCACUUGUCCUAGGGUUAACUCUGUACUUACUGCUUCCGUUGUCAGAUUUCUACCAAUAUUGUUCCUAUUCUUUGUUUUGUUUUGUUUUUCAGGGGUGUUAAUUUCUUAGAGCUCUUAUAGUUUUAGUAUGUAUAUUGUUCAUCUGUUUAGCAAGCAUGUUGUAAAGGGUUUUUGGCAACAUGGCUUGGGCACAUCUUACAGUAACUCAGUAGCAUGUUUUGAUAAAGAUGAAAAAAGAAAAAUGCUAUUUCUUGUACAGUGCAUGUCAACGACGAUGAUCCUUUGCCCAACCCCCUGCCCUGAAUUGAAUUUACUGAAAAAUGCACAUGGACCCGAAGGGCAAAAUUCUGAAUGAACAUUCCACCUUGUAAAAUCAUGCUUUGUUGAAAAUUUAAGGGAAAAUGUGACCAGGGAUUUUUAUAUCUUUACUGAAACAUGAGCUGCAGUAUUCCUGACAAAAGAGCCCAAAAUUUCACAAGAUCUUUUUACCAGCGAUGACUACAGCUCGCAGACUUUUGCAGUAUUGUGCUGUGCAGUUUUCCGAGCAUGAUGCUGUUUGUAGAGAGAUGCACAUGGGACGAUGAUAUUGCCACACAAUAUACCUUUCCGUUUUUAUUUCUUUGAUUUUCGAGAAAGUAGAAAUCAUUUAAUAUAUUUUUUCGUUUAUUUACAAGCCAAGACCUAAUUAUUUUUUAUUUUCUAUUUUUAUUAAUAAUAAGAGCUUCUUAUAUCUGAGAAGUAUAUGACUCAUAGUUUAAAUGCCUGAAUGGAAAUAAAUAUAAAUUGAGACUUUAUACCUCUUCCAAUUAAGAAAUUCUACUUUUAGUGAUUAUUCAAAUUUAUUUCGUACUUUAUUUAAUUUCUCCUCUGUAGCAGACUUUCUGUCUGUCUAUCAAUUCCAUGUACUGUACAUCUGUUAUCUGUCGAAAUGUAUUCUGAUAAAGAAAAUAUAUAUUUUGGAAAUCUCUAAGCAAACUCUAGGUAUACAGUCAGAUCUUUCGGAAGUGGAAUAAUGUCUCAUAUGAUGUCAAAAGGAUGUUCUAUUCUUUUUAAAAUGCCUUCUCUUUAUUAUUAUUUUCUUUCUUCUUUUUCCCCUUUUUUUGGUUCAUGCCAAGGCUAUGUCUUGGUCAGGUAUGGUUGAGUACAGAGAUUUAUGUAAGUUAUUUUUCAAAUUAAAAAAUAAAAAAUGGAUAUUACACUGGGAAAUUGAGUGUUCGCAACCAAUUAAAAA